UAUAAAAGGUGGAGCUGGUCAAGGCGCCGGGAGCUGCUGACAGGACCAGGUCAGAAGGGGCUCCCUGAACAGCGCUGCAGCCAGAGCGCCUGGAGCAGCACGAAGCAGCAGCUCGCAGCGUGCACUCUUCCCUCCGAGCACAUCAGGGCCCCUGCCCUGGAGCCCAGCAACUCUCGGUCUUGGUCCACGCACGCAUCUCUGAGGACCACUUGCCUCACCUGCGCCUGCCACGCCCCGUCCGGCCGCCGGGAUGAGCGAGCUUAACACCAAAACACCUUCAGCAACCAACCAGGCGUCUGACCCUGAGGAAAAAGGGAAGCCUGGCAGCAUCAAGAAGGCCGAGGAGGAAGAAGAAAUCGACAUUGACCUGACAGCACCUGAGACAGAGAAGGCAGCCCUUGCAAUCCAGGGCAAGUUCCGGCGAUUCCAGAAGAGGAAAAAGGAUUCCAGCUCCUGAAUGGCCAGGCCUCUCCUUCACCCUUCUACUUCCUCUCCCCCUCCACAGCUCUGACUCUCACGUGUCUCGUCCCUUCAUCCCUCUAGCCUCUCCCUGAGGCAAGCUUAACCUUCAUAUACUCUUGUCUCAGGCUCGUAAGCCAUCACAGUAGUAGAGGCACAAGGACACGAGAAAGCGAAGUCUCUAGUUGGUAGUCACUAGGGUGGAUCAGUCCACUUAGGAGAACUGAAGGUUUUGAGGUUUGACUCUCCCCUUCGCCUAGUGCUAAGGGCAGGAGGGGAAAGCCCUCAGAGUGCAGAGUCUCAAGGUGGGGCAUGUGUAGGCUUCUGUCAGUUGCACCAUUAGCAACACUUCAGUUAACACUUCAGCUCCUUCUGCACAACCCCUCCUGUCUCCCGUGAUUCAGCCACAGUGCAGCUGACCUUUCUUCCCUGCAGACCUAAAUCAAGGAGCUUGCAGAAUAUGGGGGUGCAUGUCUUUAGUCCCAGAACUUGCAAGGCAGAGGCAGGUGGAUCUUUAUGUUCAAGCCAGCCUGGUUGACAUAGUGAGUUCCAGGUUAGUCAAGGUUACAUAGACCCUGUCUCAAAAAUGCAAAAAAAAUAAAAAAACAAAAACAAAACAAAAAACCUGCCCGUGCAAAAAUAAAUAUAAAUAAGUGAGGCAGCUUAAUACAUUAGUGCAUGCUGAGUAGAUUCCUCCCAGGGAAAGAAAGCUGGGGCUGGUGGAGGCAAGGAGAAGCUUCCUUCAUCGUUCAGACUGAGGUCAGAAGAGCCAGAGAUGGCAGAAGGUUCAGGGACUACAGGCCGGGAAAUGAAAACUAAGAAACGUUUAGGAAGGAAAGCAAAGCAAAGAUGGUCAAGAUGUCUGAAGCUACACGCUGUUAUUGUUAACUAAAUACUCCAUGAGGGGCUCUUUGGCCUUUGCUAACCUGCCUACCUCUUUACCUGCCCCCGUCUCUAGUCAUCCCCAGAGCCAUGUGAACCAAGUGACACCCCUAUAGUUCUCAACCACCUUGCUGUGGAGUCAGGGCAAACAUCGCUACUGUAUGUGACUUUAGCAUGUUUAAUAAUUAUGACAAUAAAAAAAGCCCUCAAAUGAGGCACUGAAGUUCUA